AUGCCUUCCGAUCCUGCUGCCAGGCCUGCACGACCCGGUCUUUCCCUCUAUGCAAACCUCCUCGAUCCCUCGUCCAACAAGGAUUCCACUCCGGGCACCAUCUCACGAGCCCCGGUAGUAUUCAAGCAACCUGCCCAAGAGGACCUGCCACAAGAUAGAGUAGCAGCAGAAAAGCAGCAGAUAAAUGCCGCUUCUCUACGCUUUCAACCAACUAAAAGGCCACAUUUGUCAACCCAGAAAUCAAAGCCCAAGUCUUCCACCUCAAGACUCCCGGCUGCAGCUCCUUCGACUCUCCUGCCAGGUGUGGUUCCAUCCGAAUCAGCAAGCGUGACAGCACGUCCUCCUGCGAAAACUACGCUUGCAGAUUGGACAGCAGAGGGCGAAGACAAUGAUGUCAACGGAUUCUAUAGCAGCGAGAAGCGACAGCGCGGCGGUAGAAAAAAGCGAAAAAAGAAUAAGGAAGAAUCCCAUGUCCCUCAGAAUUGGGAUGACAUUUACGAUCCAUCCCGUCCCAAUAAUUAUGAAGAUUAUAAGCAUAGUGAUGAAAGGAUCAUGGAGAUCAGGGAAUGGAAAGACAGGCUUUAUGCACAUCGAUUGACAAAGAGACGUGACAGUGAUUCAGAUAGUUCGGGCAAUGAGUACAGGCCUCAGCUGGACAAGCAAUUCGCGCCUCCAGGUUUAUCUUUCGCGCCUCCUGUAUCGUUCGACGAUGGUGGUAAAUCGCAACAUGCUCCCCAAUCAGUUGAAGUGCUGAAUGAUGCAACUGGCGAUGAUGUCUAUGCUCGACGAAUUUAUCUCCCAAUAUUUGGCAGUCCAGCAGAGUCUCUCAACUAUAAACCGCCUGCUUCUCAAGUUGAGCCGCUCCCUGUUCCACUACCGCCGCCACCACCGCCACCAGCUUCAGAUCCACCCCUGACAUUGAAUAAUCUACCGCCGCCACCCGCAAGCAUAUCCCGAGCACCUGUGCGUUACAACCUUCCUGCCGCGCCAUCCGAAAUACCAUCUUCGGAAGCCGAGCUCGAAGUUGCUUUAGGGAUCGACUUGAGAGAAGAAGAGGAAAUGUCGGAUGCUGCUCCACGGUCUCUUCGGCCUGGCCAGAAAGGAUUUGCGGAGCGCUUGAUGUCGAAGUAUGGAUGGAGCAAGGGUUUGGGUCUUGGUGCGAGUGGCUCUGGCAUUGUCAAUCCUCUGCGUGUACAGGUUGAAAAACAGAAGAAGAAACCUGACUCGGAAGGUGGAGGCUUUGUGGGACCAGGUGGUAGAGGCAAGAUCAUUGGAGGUAAGAAGAAGGGCGGCCAUGACGCGGAACCGGAAGACGGUAGAUUUGGCGUCAUGAGUGAAGUGGUCGUUUUACGGGGAAUGGUCGAUGGCAUGGACCUAGACGCGGAGAUGGAAGGGGCAGGCGAUGGCGGCCUGAUGCAGGAAAUUGGAGAGGAGUGUGGAAACAAAUACGGCCGUGUGGAGAGAGUCUUCAUUGAUCGCAGCGACGCCUCCAAGGCCCCAGUCUUUGUCAAAUUUACCAGUCAGCUGUCUGCGUUGAGGGCUGUGAACGCUCUCGAAGGGAGGAUCUUCAACGGGAACACUAUUUCAGCGAGGUUCUUUGACGACGAGAAAUUUGAGGCUGGCAACUAUGAGUAG